AAAUGCAGUAUGCCAUUUAUGCUCUUCAUCGCUAUUUUGAAGAAGAACGAGAUAAUGGUGGCCCUCUAAUUCCCGUGACUCUUGUCAGAAUCAUCAGAAGACAUAUCCUACUGAAAUCCAGAGGAGGAUUCGGCUGACAGCAGGCGGAUUAAUAAGAUGGAGAUGAUGUUGACAUAGCAACAUUGUUGCUUUAUCGUUCCACAACUUACUGUUUGCUCUUGCUAAUGCAUAUUUCCACUUUUCAUAUUCAAGAUUGAUUGUCGCUGUUCCCAUCAUUCGACCUUUAACGAGAUUCUAUAACAAGAAAUUUAUGCAUGUUGAUAAUAAUGAAAUUAGUUGACUGAUUUGUCCAUUGGUUUUCCGUAUUCUCUUGCUCAGUACAGGUGAAGCAUAGAGACUUGUUUCACACAUGUGGGUUCUCUGCUCAAGCUAUCGAUCAAAAUUCCUCACUAACUGCACUUCUGUUUUACAGUGACGUCAUUUUCUGAUACACAAUAUGCUUGCUCACCUUUUAAUUAUUUCAUUUCUUCAUUUUGGGUGUCGUGUACAUCUAUCUCACAUGCUGCUUAUCAUGUUGUAGAGAAAGAGUAAUGGGAGCUCUACGAGUUUCUAAGGACAAGGUCACAGAGUCUGUUCGCGUCGGAGAGAGUGGAGCUGAUUUUGAAACUCCAGGGAAGGAGAGACCUCGCAAAAAACUCAUUCGCGAUGUUGAUAAAUCCGUAAAGCAACAAAUUCGUGACCUUAUUUACGAAUUUGCUGGAAAACGUCUAUCUCCAUCACUCGCUAUCGUGCUUGCGGCCAUCAGGGUCCGCGGAAUCCCAUUCACAGGCGGAAGAUUUACUCUGAGCAAAGUGCUCCACGACCUUGGAUUCGUUUACCGUCGCCGAGAUGGCACUCGAUGGCUACAAGAGCAACCCCACAUCGUUCUGAAGAGAAUUCAAUUCCUGAAAAAAAUGAAAAACCUCAUAGAUGAAGGCAAGCAGAUCAUCUAUCAAGACGAGACUUGGACCUUCCGGUACGGAACAGGGAAGCGAAGAGAGUGGCAAGAUGAGGAUAUUCGUAGUUGCUCCAUGAAAUUUGGAAGUACUGGAGACAGAUACAUAAUCUGCCACGCAGGUGGCAAAAAUGGAUUCGUUCCUAAUGCUUCUCUUUUUUUCCGUACGAGCGCGAAACCCAAAGACUACGAUGAUUAUCAUGGAGACAUGAAUUGGGAGUUGUUCUUGAAUUGGUUGGAUAAAAAGUUGCUGCCUAAUUUACACGAACCUUCGGCGAUUGUUGUUGACAAUGCCUCGUACCAUUCCAAACUAAGUGAAUAUCAACCCUCAACAAAAUGGACUAAACCGGAACUCCAGUCGUGGCUAGAUAGUCAGCAUAUUGACUAUGAAGUGACCUCUCUGAAGAGAGAGUUAUUACUCAUAUGCAAAGCCCAUAAACGCCCUGCACAGUAUGCACUUGACGAAUAUGUGAAAACGAAGAGCACCCACGAAAUCGUUCGUUUGCCCCCCUACCACUGUCAGUACAAUCCCAUUGAAAUGGUUUGGUCCCUUACAAAGCGGUACUUCGAUGCACAUGUUGGUCGAAAUAAUGACUUUUCGCUUGAAAAUACCGACAAGAUCUGGGCUGAAGCCCUUGCUUCAGUAACACCAGAGUUUUGGAUGAACUGUUGUAGACACACAGAGCGACUUAUCUUGGAGGAUUACGCAAGGGAAGUUGGGAAUGACAUGGAACAAAGCUAUGAAAUAAGAAUCACCUGUGACAAUGAGGACAGCAUUGAUGAGGAGGAUUUUGAAAUGAUGGAAUUCAGAGUGGAAGGUGACCCAAAUGACUCUGAGAGGAUGGAUGUUGGGGUAACCGUGAUCUCCAAUACAACAUGCACUUCCUCCCAAUCGCCCCUCGUUAACAAUGAGAGAUCUGUCUGUCGAUCGUUGUUUGAUUGCUCCAUGGAUGUUGAUGGGUCGCAAGGAUCAGGUGACGUAAUGAAUCAGGAUGGGUCAGAUGACGUGAUCGAUUUGCCUUCAAAAGUCUUCAAUGCUUCAAAUGUCGUCACAGCGACUCUUCCGAUUACGUCAUUUCCUGCCUCCAUUACGAAUGAGGAGACCGAUGCUGCUGUCUUCAGCAUCCUCCACCUGGGCAGCAAUGAAGAGUGCGCUGAUAUACCCAUUAUCAUCAUACCUGAUGAUACAGAAGCAAUGAGUGUGGAAUCAGAUCGAAAUAUAUCUCCCGAGCAAUUACCUGUCCUUCAUGCCCAGGAUUGGUUGACGAAAAGCCUAGAAACCAUUAUUCCAACUGAUGGCGAGGCAAUGCGUGUUGGGCAUCUGGCUACAUUGGCACCAGGGGGGUGGCUGAACGACGUUAUUAUCAAUAAAUAUUUGAACCUUGUUGUGAAGCGAAGUCAGGGGUCUGUGUAUGCAUUUGACACCUUCUUCUUCAAUAAGCUGCGUAUUUCAUACAAUGAUGUUAAGGAAUGGACGAAGAAGGUGGAUAUUUUCAGUAAGGAAUUACUGUUGAUACCCAUAAACUUGCGACUUCAUUGGCGUCUUUGUGUCGUUCAAGUCAAAGAGAAGCGUAUUGAAUAUUACGACAGUCUGGGUACCGUGGAUCAAUCUAUCAUGAAUACUAUUCUUCAAUACUUGAUCAAGGAACACGAUGAGAAGAAACGUCAACCACUCAUGUACACAGAGUGGACAACACGACAUGCCACUGAUAUUCCUCAUCAGAAUAAUUCGUCAGACUGCGGUGUAUUCGUCUGUACGUAUGCUGAGCAUUUGGCGAGAUGCGCACUUCUAAAUUUUACUGCUGAAGACAUGCCUCAAAUUAGAGAGAGAAUGAUGGAGGAACUCAUCUCAUCGGUUUUGACAUGUUCGUUAUCAGAAUCCUCUCCCUCAUUACUGCCCAAUCGAACGAAUGAUGGGCCGGAAUGGCCGAUAAUUUCAAAUGAGCGGACUUGGAUGGUUACUGAUAAAAAAAAGUUGGGUGAGAUUGCUAUUCCCGGAAUUGAUCGGGUUUUACUUUAUCAGUCUGCGAGAUUCCAUCAAGGUGAUAAACGUUUCCCUCCGGAUCGGAGAAAUUCACAAUGCACUGCUAUCUGUACGGUUGGCAUUGUGGCUUUACAUAUCUCAGAUGCAGAUAUUAACCAAAAUCUUCUGGACCAAAUAUUGACUGAGGGUGAUAAAUAUUACGUCGAUUGCAAAUCACGAAACAACAUCUCAUACAAUCAUCUGUCUCCUGAAGACCUCCUAACAUCUUUCACUACUUGUGGACAAGAAGUGAAUAUUGACGUUCACCACUGCGGUGAAGGACUGUUUUCGUCGGGUAACGGUUUGAAGGAGAUUGAAGCAUGCAUCAACUCGAAUGCGCUGACACAUGAAGCAAAUCUUGCACGUAUCGGAUUUUUGUUUACUGAUGGUUCAAAAACAUUUGCAUUCUUCAUCUCCCCUAGAGUUCCAGGGUCUACGCGCCGCAACUUUUUUAUGUUCAAUCCCCAUUCGGUCAAUAAUAGAAACUACUACCCUCUUGAUAAGCCAAGUCAAGGUAAAGCUCGCCUCUUCCGGUGUCUCUCCGCAGAAGCCCUUGCUGGUUUGCUUUUGACAGGUCAUCGUAGUCGAACCAGUGGUGGUUGGCAGAUAUAUCGCGUCGAGGUUAAUAAAACACUGAAGGGAUGAACAAGCAAAUUAGCCUUGCUGCAAGUCUGCAGUACCUCUCACAGGAGGAAAAAUUGAUGGCACUUCUGUUGCUUCUCCAGGAGAUGAUAUCGUGGAUAUCUCCCACGUCGCGGAAGGCCCACCAAGUGCUCUUAUUCAUAGCUAAGUCCAUUGCCUUCAUUUACUUCAGCGCUUAAUUAUGAUUAUUGUUAGUCUGAUAAGAUCAUAUGGAGAACCAAUUCAUUCUUAAUUUAUUUCAAUUGUUCACAGGACAACUUCUUGGCCAUCCGAUAAUCAUCCAACGUCUUCACUCUCAGGAAAUGAACUUAUUUAUUUAUUUAUAAUUAUUAUACUUAUAUAUUGAUAGUAUUUAGAAAUGGAUUACAUGAGAUUAAAUUGUA